UUAAAAUUGUACUCUUGAAGUUGCACUUAACAUAAAUUUUAAACACGCCGAAUUUAAUUGUUGAAACAAACAUAUUGGAUUGUUUCUGAAAUGAAAGAUACGAAACAAAAAUCGUGUGUGUGUGUGUUACACAGGAAAUACACCUUCCACCUCCCGGGGUGCGACGGGGAGGCAUUGUGAGUCAACUAAGAAUAACGCUAAAGAAUGCGUUACGCAGACAGACGUCAAUCUUAACCGUAACGCAUUUAUAUAUAUAUACAUAUAUACUUUUUUUCUGUUCCUCCCGACUUGCAUGAGUCACCGACAGAAUUUUAACCGGUCUUUUAGUUAAUUGUUGUUGCCUUCUAACGGGAACUGGGUCGGGUCUAUUCCUCGUCGAGGUGAACGAGAGAGCGCUCUUCUAUGCCUGUACAGAUCGGAUUAGAAAUCUCGUUAAGUGUACAAAAUUUUAUAACAUGUCUGAUGUUUCCUAUGAAUAAUGACAUCGUUACCUGAACCUAAGGAGACGAGUUUAGAAGUAGCGACUUUAAAGAAGGGUUUGUUGUGGCAACAAUGGGACCGAUUUUUCAGUCGGUGGAAAGAACGUUUCUUUAUACUCACGAGAGAUUAUCUGGCGUGUUUCAAAAAAGGAUCGAAAAUAGGAAUUUCAGAAAUGGGGAGUUUUUUAUAUAAGGUAAAUUUAGUAGAUGUUGAAGGACUCCAGUGGGUUGAUAAAAAACGUGAUGGAGUUAUAGCUUUGAAAGUUGGUCAGGAAGGUCAACUGUUGUUAUGGAGAACCAAAGGCCUGGAUGAUUGGAUGUUUGCAUUAAGAGAAGCUGUUAAUCGUAGUAAAGGACGUAGGGAAACCUUAAGGAAAGCUAACACUUUGGUACCUCAACUUUUGGAUGGUGGGCUGUGGAGACGGUAAGAUUUUUACCUAUUUUAUAAUUUAGAAAGAUAAACAUAUUCUUGCAAUUAAUAUUUAAAUAUUGAAAACUUUAGAAAGAAUAAUUAAUUUUUCCAUUUUAUAUAUGAAUGUAUAAUCGUUUCAAUAUAAUAUUUAGUAGGAUUUACA